CUUGAGAUCGAGUUUAUGAAGAAUGUUGGUCACCACAGCAACAUCAUCUGCAUGCUUGCUUGCUGCACCGAGGAUAAAGAUAAAGUGUUAUUAGUGGUUGAAUAUGCAGACAAAGGCGAUUUACUGAACUUCUUAAGGGACRAAAGGAAAAAGAUGUCUACUGCAAAACCCCUAUACUACAACACCGACGAAAUAAUUAAAGAUGACACAUCCACUCAAGAGAACCGAGAUGAAACGUUUAGCACUGAUAGUUUAUUGAAAGAGUUUUUGUCAUUUUCGUGGCAAAUCGCAAMAGGAAUGGAAUACUUGGCAUCCCAAGGGAUCGUCCAUCGUGAUCUCGCUGCUCGCAAUGUAUUACUAACUAACGCCAACUUAGUUAAAAUUGCUGAUUUUGGUCUAUCUCGUCAAAUGACGUACAAAGCGCAAGCAUACAAGGCGCAGGCACGACGCAAGCUGCCUAUAAAAUGGAUGUCGCCSGAGGCUAUAUUUGAGCAGACGUUUACCACAAAGAGUGACAUAUGGUCGUACGGAGUUGUUCUUUGGGAAAUCUAUUCAAUGGGUGGUGCUCCAUACCCAACCAUCACCAAUGCGGCACUAUUCCACUUCUUGAGAAAGGGUAAUAGAUUGGAAAAAACAGACCUCUGCUCCGAUGAAAUGUACAAGCUCAUGACCAAAUGCUGGAAUGAGCAUGCGCAAGAUCGCCCAUCAUUCAGUGACGUCAUAGCUACACUUGAGACGUUGAUGACUCGUGACAGCCCUCAUGUUGAGUUCAUGGGAAUAGAUGAGAGCAACCAAUGUUACAUGGUGCCGUCAUUCAAAAGUGCUCCUGACAGCGAGGAGUCUGGAGACGAGCUGACGAUGGUGUAGGAGUAAGGGUUGUCGUACGUAUUCCAUAUAUGGUAUUAACUAACAAGCGUAUAGCGGUCCCUAACAAGCGAAUAGAAGCACCUUACAAGCGAAUAGCGGUCCCUAAGGAAUCCCAAUUUACCGGUGCUAUUAGCAAUGCAAAAUACUUUAAAUGUCACAAACAAUUCGUUGUUUGCCAGAGUAAUCUCUCGUGGUCAAGUUAGUUAAGGCGCUUUACAUUUGUAGUCGAAGGGUUAGGUUUAGGGAAAAGGGCGGGUCAGGCUAUAAAAUGUUAAAUUCAUAAUUCUAAGUUAAAAUUUGAUAAGA